ACAAUGGGCCGAGCUCCAUGCUGUGAUAAAAACAGAGUAAAGAAAGGUCCAUGGUCUCCUCAAGAAGAUCAAAUCCUCAUUGAUUUUAUUCGCAUGAAUGGCCAUGAGAACUGGCGCGCACUGCCUAAGCAAGCAGGACUCCUAAGAUGCGGUAAAAGCUGUCGUCUAAGGUGGGUUAAUUACCUCAGACCAGAGGUUAAACUUGGAAAUUUUAGUUUUGAAGAGGAAGAGACUAUUAUUAAGCUUCAUCAACUUAUGGGCAACAGGUGGUCGGCCAUUGCCUCACGCCUGCCUGGAAGAACAGAUAACGAGAUAAAGAACGUGUGGAAUACCCAUUUGAAGAAGCAGGUUUCCCGCAUGGGAAUCGAUCCUGUAACAAAUCAUUCAACGUCGCCCAGCGCGGGGCACAUUGAGAAAAGUCCAUCAAUGGAGAAGGGCAAUUUAGAUCUAAUUCAAGCAAAAGCUUUGGCUGAUUCGCCAGCCACAAUCUCUAAUUCUUCCGACACAUUGUAUGAUUCACACAAUCUGUCAAGCGGAAUCCUUUCAUCGAUAAAUAGUAUACAUAGUGAGGUUAUAAAUGGGGGGUCAAGUUCAAGUUUAGGUUGGCUUGAAUCGAGUUGUAUAGAUUCAUUUGCUGGGCCAAUUGGGUAUAAUCAACAGCCACCAGAUAUUGAAGAUGGCGCAUCUAAUAUUGAAAAUCAGUAUUAUGCUACCUCGCUAUUUCACUUCAGACUAUCUAGAAGAUGGUUUCUUGAGCUGCAUGGAUGGUGCAGUCAAAGAUCCUCAUUUGUUCAAAGAUAUAGAGUUGCAGAGUAA